AUCGAAUCAGACAGAUUUCGAAAGCCAAGCGUGUUGGUUGGCGUCGCGCGGCUCCAAUUUUUUUCAAUUCACAGUAGUGAUUAAUUUAUUUUCUCCUUUUGGGUGUGUGUUAUUUUUUUUUGUUGGUACUCCAUACAAAAAAAAGUGAAGAAUUCUUGUUUUUCUUAUUAGUUUUUUCCACUUUAAUUUUAUACCCCCGAAUGAUCUCUUUUUAAUUAAAAAAAAACUAAUUAAAAUUCAGUGAAAACUAAAGAAUAAAUAUUAUCUUUACCAAAUGCUCAAGUAAAAAAAUAAAAUAAAAAAAAAUUAAGAGUGAAAAUGUUUCGUGCGAUGAGUGUACUUGUGCUUAUAACACUUCUUGUCACCCUUCGGAAUGUUGUUAAUGCAGAUGCGUAUAAUGACUAUUUCUCGGAUUAUGAAUGUAAUGCGCCGUUGCUUGAAAAAGCAGUUUUAACAGCUACCUCAUCACUUCAAGAUCGAGGUCCCAACAAAGCCAGAUUAAACGGUGAAUCUGCAUGGACGCCGUUAGAAAAUACUUACAAUCAUUUUCUAACAAUCGAUUUGGGUGAGAAAAAAAUGACUCGGAAAAUUGCUACAAUGGGUCGGGCGAAGACAAUUGAAUUUGUGACUGAGUACAUUGUUCAGUAUUCGGAUGAUGGUGAAUAUUGGCGAUCGUAUGUUAGUCCUAUGAGUGAACCUCAGAUGUUCAAAGGAAACAGCGAUGGAAAUGCAGUUCAUUUUAAUGUCUUCGAAGUACCAAUUAUUGCCCAAUGGAUACGAAUAAAUCCUACAAGAUGGCAUGACAGAAUAUCAAUGCGUGUAGAGUUAUAUGGUUGUGAUUACAUCUCUGAAAACCUCUACUUCAAUGGAACAAGUUUGGUCAAAUACGAUUUACUCAGGGAACCUAUUGCCUCAACACGAGAAUCCAUUCGAUUUCGUUUUAAAACCGCUCAAGCCAAUGGAAUAUUAAUGUAUUCACGUGGCACACAAGGUGACUACCUCGCACUUCAAGUUAAAGACAACAAAAUGCUUUUGAAUAUGGAUUUGGGAUCGAAAAUUAUGACUUCAUUAUCCGUUGGUAGUCUGUUGGAUGACAAUGUUUGGCAUGAUGUUGUUUUGUCAAGAAAUCGUCGAGACAUUAUAUUCUCAGUUGAUCGAGUCAUAGUCAAAGGCAGGAUAAAGGGAGAAUAUAGUCGAUUGAAUCUCAAUCGUAAUCUUUAUUUGGGUGGUGUUCCCAAUAUCCAAGAAGGUAUGCUAGUCACACAAAACUUCAGUGGUUGCAUUGAGAAUCUCUUCCUUAACUCAUCAAAUUUCAUACGCGAAAUGAAGGAUAAUUAUGAAUAUGGCGAAGCCUUCCGUUAUCAACGAGUAAACACAAUCUACGCCUGUCCAUCGCCUCCAAUUUAUCCAGUGACUUUCCUUACCAGAUCGUCAUAUGCUCGUCUCAAGGGUUACGAAGCUCAGAAGCAACUGAAUGUCUCCUUCUAUUUCCGUACCUAUGAGGAUAGAGGUUCGAUGUUGUAUCACGAAUUUGCUUCAGGUGGCUUUGUUAAGGUCUUCUUGGAAUACGGAAAGGUUGAGAUUGAUUUGAAACUGGGCGAUAAACCUAGAAUCAUAUUGGAUAACUACGAGGAACAAUUUAACGAUGGCAAAUGGCAUUCUUUAGUUCUAACAAUUGGAAAGAAUAAACUUGUGCUGGACAUUGAUCAGCGACCAAUGACUACGACAAAAAUAAUUCAAAUUUCUACGGGACGUGUAUACAAUAUUGCUGGUGGACAUGAUAAGAAUGGUUUUGUCGGCUGUAUGAGACUGAUUUUAGUCGAUGGUAACUAUAAACUGCCCAAGGAUUGGAUUCAAGGGGAAGAAGUGUGUUGCGACAAUGAAGUAGUUGUUGAUGCUUGUCAAAUGAUCGAUCGAUGCAACCCAAAUCCAUGUCGUCAUGGUGCAACGUGUAAUCAAAAUUCAAUGGAAUUCUUCUGCGAUUGCAGUCAGACAGGAUAUGCUGGAGCUGUUUGUCACACAUCCAAAUACCCACUGUCUUGCUUGGCUUUGAAGAAUGUCCAGAGUGUUCAACAAAGAGUUAACAUGCACAUUGAUGUUGAUGGCAGUGGUCCGCUGAAACCAUUCCCAGUUGUCUGUGAAUUUUAUUCUGAUGGAAGAGUUAUAACAACACUUGGUCACAGUCAAGAACGCACAACAACAGUUGAUGGCUUCCAGGAGCCAGGUUCAUUCGAACAGGCAAUUAUGUAUGACGCGGAUUUAAUGCAGGUAGAAGCACUUUUGAACCGAUCUCAUUCAUGCUGGCAACGACUUAGUUACUCUUGCAGAGCUGCUAGACUUCUGAAUUCUCCAAGUGAAAUCAAUGCAUUCCGACCAUUUUCGUGGUGGGUUUCAAGACACAAUCAAGCAAUGGACUACUGGGCUGGUGCCUUACCAGGAUCACGUAAAUGUGAAUGUGGAAUUCUUGGCAAAUGUAUCGAUCCAACUAAAUGGUGUAAUUGCGACGCGGAAAGAAUGGAAUGGACCGAAGAUAGUGGAGAUAUUCGAGAAAAAGAAUAUUUACCAGUUCGUGCUGUACGAUUUGGUGACACUGGUACACCAUUAGAUGAAAAACAAGGUCGAUAUACACUUGGACCGUUGCGUUGCGAAGGAGAUGAUUUAUUCAGUAAUAUUGUGACAUUCCGAAUUGCUGAUUCUACAAUCAAUUUACCACCAUUCGAUAUGGGACAUUCGGGAGAUAUCUAUAUGGAAUUCAAGACAACAACAGAGAAUGCUGUACUCUUCCAUGCAACAGGACCAACAGAUUAUAUAAAAUUGAGUAUAAUUGGUGGAUCCAAGUUGCAAUUCCAAUAUCAAGCUGGUAGUGGACCAUUGGGGGUGAAUGUGGAGACUAGUUAUCAUUUGAAUGACAAUCGCUGGCACACAGUCAGCGUGGAAAGGAAUCGCAAAGAAGCUCGUCUUGUCGUUGAUGGAUCUCUUAAAGCAGAAGUUCGUGAACCACCAGGUCCAGUUCGUGCUCUACAUCUGACCUCCGAUCUAGUAAUUGGUGCUACCACAGAAUACCGCGAUGGUUAUGUAGGGUGUAUUCGAGCUCUUCUACUUAAUGGAAAAAUGGUUGAUUUAAAAUCAUAUGCUAUGCGUGGACUUUAUGGAAUUAGUGCCGAUUGUGUUGGACGUUGUGAGUCAAGUCCAUGUCUUAAUAAUGGUACCUGUUUCGAAAGAUACGAUGGAUACUCGUGCGAUUGUCGUUGGAGUGCUUUCAAAGGACCUAUUUGUGCUGAUGAAAUUGGUGUUAAUCUUCGUGCAAGUUCAAUGAUUCGUUAUGAAUUUGAAGGUUCCUUCAGAUCAACUAUUGCUGAAAAUAUACGAGUCGGUUUCACCACAACCAAUCCAAGGGGUUUCCUUCUCGGUUUCUCAUCCAAUUUAACUGGAGAAUAUCUUACAAUACAAAUUUCCAAUUCAGGUCAUUUGCGAUGUGUGUUUGAUUUCGGUUUCGAAAGACAAGAAAUUAUCUAUCCCAAGAAACAUUUCGGUCUGGGCCAAUAUCAUGAUGUACGAUUCUCCAGAAAGAACAGUGGUUCCACUGUUGUGCUCCAAGUGGAUAACUAUGAACCAGUUGAAUAUAAUUUCGAUAUUAAAGCAUCUGCUGAUGCUCAGUUCAAUAACAUCCAAUACAUGUACAUUGGAAAGAACGAAUCGAUGCCUGAUGGUUUCAUUGGUUGUGUAUCUAGAGCUCAGUUUGAUGAUAUUUAUCCUCUCAAACUUAUGUUCCAACAAAAUCCACCACAAAAUGUUAAGUCUUUGGGAUCACAACUUACUGAGGACUUCUGUGGUGUUGAGCCUGUUACUCAUCCACCCAUUGAAGUAGAAACCCGUCCUCCACCUCUGGUCGAUGAAGAGAAGCUGAGGAAAGCCUACAAUGAAGUCAAUUCAGUGCUUUUGGGCACUCUUCUUGCAAUUUUAUUCAUCUUAAUCAUUAUUAUGGUUGUUCUGAUCGGAAGAUAUCUUCACCGACACAAAGGAGAUUAUCUUACGCACGAAGACAAAGGUGCCGACAAUGCUGACGACCCCGACGAAGCUGUUGUACAAUCAACGACAGGACAUCAAGUUACGAAAAGAAAAGAGUGGUUUAUUUAGAUUGUUUUCAAAAAAUAGAA